AUGGCCGAGUACUUCGAUCCUGGGUUCAAAGAAUCUUUGGAGAACGUCAAUGGAGACAUAUCUACACGUUGGCCCAUCUUCCGCGAUGAGAAACGACCCCAAGAAACCAUCUACGAUGUGAUUACGAAUCAACUCGCUGAGAUGGAUGGGCCAGAUGACCUGCCGUACUGCCUGGACCUCUAUUCCAUGUGUUUGAGCUAUAUUCACCAGCACGACGCUGAAGAAAAUUGCGAGAUACAUAGGUCUAGUAUUCGGCAAGCAUUGGUUAUCCAUGCCCCCGCUGUUCUGAAAGUAGUCUGGGAAGGAUUCUUCAUGAUGUUUCCUUUUUUCCCGGACGAUCUUGACCCUCAAAUGAUCGCAUCUGCCAUAAAGUUCGUCACAAAAUUGUUCGACCCCUUCGACACCUGGGAUGAAGGCGCGGAAUCACCAGGCAAUUGGCUCUUCACCCUAUGUCUUUGUUCCCCAGUUGUCGCCAUCCUCGACCACUGUUUUUUCUUCGCGGAUGAUCACGAAAUUUGUCAGAGCCGGGAGAUACGAAGGUUCGUCCGCGACGAGGUCAAUGACCCCAUGGAUGUGCACCCGCCUGAGGAAUACUACAAACUGCUCAAAGUUGGCAUAGUCCAUGAGCGGUUCGAUUAUCUUCUUUCGAGCAAUCUCCCCUCUGGUGCUCUCUCCGAUGUACUCGAGGAUCUCCUAGAGCGAGUGGCGGUCCCAGGUUCCCAUCGCAUUUGGGACAAGGCGCUAAACAGGGCAGUCGCUCUUCUCGACGAUUGCGCCUGCGGUCGUGAAGGGAUUGAGGGUCAUCUGAUGUGGGAGUACAUAUAUCGCGUCCAUUGCCUCAUCAAGUAA